CAUAACAUGCACGCCCUCUUCUCCAGAACGAGGAGUUAGGGGAAAUUAAGUUGUUUGACAACAACUAGCCAGUAGAAAUACUGUUUAGAUCACGGGAAAAUAAUUUUCACGAUAGUGAUUUAGUUCGUUAUUAGGUGUGGUGUAUAGGUUUAGUAUAAGUAUUACACUUCCCACAGGAUAUUUUGUAAACAUUUCGAAGUUACCUUCUGAGCUUGGGAAAGCGGCGCAUUUUUCCCCGUUCUACAUCCAGACUCAACUCAUCACCUUCUCAUCAUGCCUUUCCCCUUCGGGAAGUCUCAGAAGAGCCCAGCAGAGAUUGUGAAGAGUCUGAAGGAGAACGUGGCUUACUUGGAAAAGCUGGAUGCGGCAGAAAGCAAAAAAUGUGAAAAGGUUGCAGAAGAGGUGUCUAAGAACCUGUCAUCGCUGAAAGAGGUGCUGUGUGGUACAGGAGACAAGGAGCCUCAAACGGAGGCAGUUGCCCAACUGGCCCAGGAGCUCUACAACACCAACCUCCUCAUUGCUCUCAUUGCAAACCUGCAAAGGAUUGAUUUUGAGGGAAAGAAGGAUGUGGUCCAGCUGUUCAGCAACAUUGUACGGCGUCAGAUUGGCACCCGUACGCCCACGGUUGAGUAUAUCUCCUCACACCCGCAGAUCCUCUUCAUGCUGCUGAAAGGGUACGAGAGUGCGGAAGUGGCUCUGAACUGUGGGAUGAUGCUAAGGGAGUGCCUGCGUCAUGAGCCCCUGGCGCGCAGCGUUCUUUUCUCUGAGGACUUCUACUGCUUCUUUCGCUACGUAGAGCUGUCCACCUUCGACAUCGCCUCAGAUGCUUUCGCUUCAUUCAAGGAUCUUCUCACGAGACAUAAGAUUAUGUGUGCAGAUUUUCUGGAGACCAAUUAUGACAGGGUGUUUACAGAAUAUGAGAAGCUCCUGCAUUCCGAGAAUUAUGUCACCAAACGGCAGUCCCUGAAGCUCCUGGGAGAGCUUCUUCUGGACAGACAUAACUUCACUGUGAUGACCAAGUACAUCAGUCGUGCAGAGAACUUGAAGAUGAUGAUGAACAUGCUGCGAGACAACAGCCGCAACAUCCAGUUUGAGGCCUUCCAUGUCUUCAAGGUGUUUGUGGCCAACCCCAACAAGACUCAGCCUGUGCUGGACAUCCUGCUGAAGAACCAGGCCAAGCUGGUGGAAUUCCUGAGCCACUUCCAGACGGAUCGCUCUGAGGACGAGCAGUUCUGUGACGAGAAGAACUACCUGAUCAAGCAGAUCCGCGACCUGAAGAGGCCCCCGCCACCAGAGGAGGCGUGAGGGGACAGGCAAGGGGGACGCCAGUUCAGAGGGAGAGAGUGAGAAUGAUGGUGAGAGCGAGGGAGGGUGUCAUGCUUGACUAGAAUCUAUUACUCUUCCCUUCUCUUAACUUCAAACAUAGGAAAAUAUAUAUUGUACAAACUCCCUCCUCGUCCCUUUUUAUGUUUCUAAUGCUCAUGUGGGAGCGGAGGUCAUUUUUAAGGCACACACAACAAGAGUGACCCAAGAACAGUUAUUUAAACCAUAGAGCUAUUUCAGCCAAUUCGUAUGAAUCAAUGCACUUUGUCAGAUGAUGUUAUAUUGGACCUUAAACACGCCAUUAUUCUCUUAAGCACAGUAGCACACCUGAGCAAUUUCCUGGGAAAUUAGGAUACGUGGUCAACAUAAAACGGAAUAAACUCUCUGUCAACAGGCAAAGUCUCACCAAACUUUACAGGAAAUGUCAAAUAAAUUUGCAAGCUUUUAAAAGGCGAUGUCCUAUUUGAUAUUUUAGGACCUAGAAUUUUUAAAUCAAGAUAUUCUUUUGCUGGCGUUAUUCUAUAAUAGUUAACAUUUUAUUUUGUAACUAACACCACACUUAACAAAUUCCAUAAUAUCUUGGUUUAUUGCUUUAUUUAAGAGCUCUUUUAAUAUGUGGAUGACCUUAGUGGUAUUAUUCUUUGCUUGGGAUAGACAUUUGGGGCGAAGUAGGUCAUUGUAAUCUUUAGUUGAUAACUACGUAAUUAUCUUCAGUCCAGCUCCUAACAGCACACAAAGGGACAAUGGAAAGCUCAAAGAUGCGAGUCCUCUGCAUCAGUUGUCCUAAUCGAAUCCAUCAGAGAUGGCAGUAAAAAAAAAUCUGAAACAUGAAUCGAUGAGAUUUGUGAGGUAGGAGCCAGGCUAGUAGACUAAAAUAGACUGUCAGAUAACGCUGCAGGGUGACCAUAGGCAGCCAUCCAUUCUUUGCUCUGAUUGAUCCCAAUGUUGGCACUCUCUUUUUCCCCCGCCCGGACGCUCGCUAGUUUUCAUAUGCAGUUAGGAACUGGUGUGAGAUAGGAAGAUGUUUUUUCGUUCAGAAAUGAUCACUUAAUAAUAUUGCUUUGCAGACAACUGAUAAGAUGUAUCCUCCCAAUAAUAUUACUAACACAUAAUAUCUUAUCGGACAAGAAUAAUGCAACACAAAGGUAACACUGUAAUGUUGCAGUGCAGCAGAACCUGCUCGAGCUCUGAUACUCCUAAGAUGCUAGUAAGCGUGGGCUUCCAUGAGCUGUAUGCUGUAUUUCAGGCCUCACUCUCAUGCAGUUAGACGCACUGGUCAGGAAGCCAUUGCAGAGGCCUGUGAUUGGACCCUUUUCCCCCCAAUUUUCACCUAAAUGACAUACCCAAAUCUAACCGCCUGUAGCGCAGGACCUGAAGCAAGGAUAUGCAUAUUCUUGAUACCAUUUGAAAGGAAACACUUUGAAGUUUGUGGAAAUGUGAAAUUAAUGUCGGAGAAUAACACGUUUAGAUCUGGUAGAAGAUAAUACAAAGAAAAAAAACAUGCGUUUUUGUUCCAUCUUUGAAAUGCAAGAGAAAGGCCAUAAUGUACUAUUCCAGGUUAGGCACCAUUUAGAUUGUGGCCACUAGAUGGCAGCUGUGUAUGUGAAAAGUUUUAGACGGAUUCAAUGAACCAUUGCAUUUCUGUUCAAAAUGUUGUAGCAAGACUGCCCAAAUGUGCCUAAUUGGUUUAUUAAUACAUUUUCAAGUUCAUAACUGUGCACUCUCCUCAAACAAUAGCAUGGUAUUCAUUCAAGAAUGUUAACUUUCUGCCCAUAUCAGAUAUGUCUACUGUAUGUCCUGGGAAAUGUUCUUGUUACUUACCUCAUGCUAAUCACAUUAGCCUACGUUAGCUCAACCGUCCCGUGUGGGGGGGACACUGAACCCGUAGAGGUUAAACAUAUUAAAUGUUCCACAUAAUAACCUGCAUUGUCAAACUUGAAUGAGCCAAUUGGGAUGAUUUAUGUUGAAUCCAAAGCACCUAAUUGGCCACAUUCUCUUAAUGGGGGUUCGCCGCUAUCAAUAAUUACUUUGUAUAUUGUCCAGAUGAACAAAAAAAAGAGUAUCUUGAAAUGACAGCAUUUUUGCCUUACCUGGUGUCACUUAAAUUGCAUAAUAACAGAUUACAAAAAUAUAUGGUGUCUGUUUUGCACAACUCUAGUAUAUACCUCAUGGGGUUUUGAGUUCAUACGGGCUGUGUUCUCUACUUUCCUUGACAAGAUAUUUGAUUUGAUAUUUUGGAUAAACAGCAUUGGUUUGUAUUAUGCAUGCUAAAUAAAUCAAUGUUUUUGUUUGAACUUAAGCAGGGAGUGGCACCUGGUUUUCUCUUAGGGGAAAGACUUCAACUAAAUGUAUUUGUUGGGUGCCUCAUGUCAAUUCAUAAUGAAUUACAGGAUUGGCCCCACAAAAGUAUGAAUGUUGCCUUACUUUCAGAAUUUUUAUUUGAUUGUUAAGACCAUGUAUGUGCUCAAUUUUCUUAACCAAAGGUAAUUUGAGGUGGAAAAUAAUGCAUUUCAAGUCCCAAACAUAACGCCAACUUCACAGGCCCAGAUUAAAUUCAUUUUAAUUGGUAAUUAAUUGCAAAUGUGAUUUCAUGAAUCUAGAUAAACCUUGAAUGGAGUACUUCUGGACUAGAGACGGUAUUCUAGGACUUUUGGAAAAAGUGAAAUUUAGUACUGUAGGCUUAAUCUAGGUCACUAUAAUCAGCCCACAUACUAUUAUUUAUUGGAAUUUCAGAUCACCUGUUUUGUGAUACACCAAGCAUUAAUCAAAAUGUUUUAUCACAACUUCAAACUGAAUAAUUUCUUAGAGGAAAUCAAAUAUAAAGCUAAAUGUUUUAGAUCAUUUUCAGACCUCUGGUUACUUGGCUAGUAUAAUAACUCAAUGGCAAUAUUAUAAAAUUCUCAAGGCUAAAUAAUUGUUGGGUGAUUUCAGAAUUUUCCUUUUGAACUGUAAAAUGUUUAUGCUUUACUGUUUUCACCCUGUUUCCCAUAGGCUUUGUGUAUCUGAUUGAUUUAUUUUUACUGUGGGAAAAGAUUAAAUGUGUACAUAGCUUUAUUUUAAAAGGUGAAUGUGUGGAAACAUAUAAAAUUUUAAGACACCA